CCAAACUCUCUCAUUUCUAUCUCAUUAUUUUCUCUCGGGUCACAUUCUCACCAUCUCAGGCGAAGCUCUCUCUCUCCCCACAGUCGCCGUCGCCACCGUCUUCUCCAUCUCCGGCCACGGUAAGAUGCCACCCAAACGUAUCCCACCACUUGAGAUCCCUAUGGAGGAUCAUUAUGUCGGUCGUAUGACCUAUAGGGGUUCCGGGAGGUUAACAAAAUUGAAGAAAAGAUUUGAGGAGCAUGGAUUGUUGGGGAGGGUGAAUGAGUCUGUUUUUGGACCAUUCUUCACAGCCCCUCCCUUUUCGUUCUCUGGGGCAUUGGUUCACACACUACUUUUGCGGAAGGUCAAGUCUCCGCGUGGCGAUGAGGUGCACUUCUUGAUGGGCCCAAACUUAUGUAAGUUUGGGGUGCACGAGUUCGCCAUUAUCACCGGCCUGAGCUGCUCCUGUCCACCACUUGCCGUUGACAUUGAACCUCACAUUACUUCCUCCCGCCUAGUUGAUACAUAUUUCAGUGUGGAACCCGAAAAAGACAUUCGGUUUAGUAUCUUGGAACGAGCUUUUAGUAUGUGCGAUGUACCUGAUGAUUUGUACAAGCUCGGUUUGGUUUACUUUGUGGAGGGAAUACUAUUGGGCGCUGAGAACGACAAUGCUAUUUGGCAAGAUUCAUUGUCGAUGGUCGAGGAUUUAGAUUAUUUUGAGAAGUAUCCAUGGGGAUCCCUUUCAUUCGAUACAACUGUGAAACAAUUCAAUAGAGAUAUGAAAGCGAUUGGUGGUACAAUACCAGGUAAGAAGGCGAAGAAGAUCAUUGAGGCGGAGUCUUCUAAGGGUUUUAAGGUGGAGGCAAAGUACACUUGCAAGGGGUAUCCACCAGCCUUGCAAUAUUGGGCGUACGAGACGAUUCUUGAUUUACAGAAGGAACACGCCAAGCCCUGUGGAUUCAAGUUCCCUAGGAUGCUACAGUGGGAGAGCAUAGGCCAGCCGAAGCAUUUGCAUUUGAAGGAUGUACUUGCGAGGAGACAUUUGUCAUGCAUUUCUAUCCUAAGGCCUCGACCAAAUGAGCGAGACUUCUUUGAUGCCGUAUAUCAGAGGACAGAGGGGGAUGCUCCUAGGUAUGCGAUGCUGCAGAAUAUGAUCCAGCCUGCACCAGAGGAUGGAAGACCUUACGAUCCUGAGGCAGAGGCUGUUGCGGUGGCUGAGAUAGCCGUUGAGGCUGGCAUAUUUGUGGAGGAUGCCCCGACAGAGUCUGCUCCAGAUACUAGUACAGAACCUACUUCUGCUCCUGCUCCUGCUCCUGGGGCUUAUGAGGAGGUGUUGGGUGAGAUAGCCAGACUAUCAGGUGCAGUGGACGAUGUUAAGGCCACUCUAGGUAUCGUCCUUAAAAAUCAAGAAGUCAUAUUAGAGAAGCUGGCAACACUAGGUAGUAUACCUACUCCUGCACAUACUCAUGCACCCACUCCAACAGAUGAUGUAGAGUACGACAUUCUCCCCUCAUGUUACGAGCCUUCUGUUGGAGAAGCCACACCUUCUCAGCCAGUGCAGACGGUCUUAGGUAAGCGUACUAGACAGAGACCAGUAAGGUACGAGGACUAUACUCCAGCAGCCAAGAAACCAAAGUUCAAGGACCCAGUUACGAUCCUUCCUUUAAAGGUGUUGGAUCAAGAUAUGUUGACAACUUUUAACCGAUGGGUACUCGGUGAGAUUGAUAACAUCAGACCGAGGAAGUUGGAAUGUUGUGAUGGGACCCCUGUUUGGUUCUUGAAGUUGAAGGUGGCAAAAGAAUGGUUGGCAGAAACUCAUCUCGACGCUGCGAAUUAUCUUAUACGGAGACGUCUUUUUGAGUUGCCGAAGACGUACCCCGUGAAAGCCACCGUACUUGAUUCAUCAUUUGCACAAUAUAUUCCUGCCAGAUACGAGGAAUUCAAGAAAAAUGGCAGGACUUACCAAUGGGACUCGGACAUUCUUGAUUUCCUGAAAGGAGAUGCCAAAAAGUACAAGAAGCCUUGGGGUGAUUGCAACGAGGUCUACUUCCACUGGUGCAUGGAAAAUCGGCACUGGGUCCUUUGCGAAAUAAAUUUCGCUGAUUGGAUGAUCACUGUAUUUGACUCAGAUCAUUCUAACUUUAGCCAUAAUAAGUUGUCUGAGUUGAUGGAGCCUUGGACUAGGAUGCUUCCAUCUUUACUCAACGCUUCUGGUAUGUUUAAAGGACACCCCAAGUUAAAAAUAGCUAGACCGAAGAUCACCGUUCCAAACUUUGAUUGGCGGCGCAUGUCCACUGAUAUUGUCCCACAGUCUAGAACCAGCGGAGAUUGCGGUGUAUUCGCCAUCAAACACUUGGAGUUCAUUCUUGGAGACAUUCCCUUAUCAUAUGCCAUCGAGGACAACAUUCAGUACUUCUGGGAUAAAUUAUGCAUCGACAUUUUUUAUGAGAAUGUGUACCCUUGA